AAAACAAACCUGACUCCUGUGUGCGGGACCAGUGCUCCCAGUCACAAGAAAACCCCAAACUGGGGGAACAACCUCUGGAAUUGGGUCUGACGAUAUAUUUAGGGGAAAUAUUCCUCGGAUGUUAUAAUGUAACGGCGGAAAGUCUCUCCUCAGUCCCGGCAGUAGAUCAGGAGUCCUGAGCCAGAGGCCAUGCAUUCGAGGAGCUAUCUAUUACUAGAGCGGGAAUAUGAGGAGCUGCAGGAAGCCGCACUAUAUGGGAUCAGAGUGACCCCGAUAUCUGACAACCUGCUUCAAUGGAUAGUUCAGCUGCAGGGGCUGAAAGACUCUCUAUGGGAAGGAGCAGUUCUGCAACUAACAAUGACGUAUACUGAGGAAUAUAACCACCGCCCUCCCAGCAUUAUAUUCAAUACAAUCCCAUUCCAUCCAAAUGUUGAUCAAACCUCUGGUAAACCUUGCAUUGAUUUUUUGGAUGACCCAGCAGAAUGGAAUCCGGCCUUUACCAUGACGUCCAUCUUACUAGUGAUCCAGGCAAUGUUGUCCGACCCUAUACUGGAGAAUGCGGUGAACACACAGGCAGCCAACAUGGUGGUCAAUAAUGCUGCUCUGUACAGGACCAUCGUUCUCAGUUGUGUCAGGACCAGCAGACAGAUCGAGGAUGGUACAGAAGAAGAAAACCUUGUGAUAAGAAGGACCCCGGCCCCGGUCUCCACCACCAAACCCAGAAAAGUCACCGCGGUCUCCUUUGAGAAUUACCACCAGACUUGGAGUAACAUCGGCACAUCCAAGACCGUCCGGGGCGUAAAGCAGAAACAAUUCACAGAACGAGAAUCAAGAUCAUUGUCUAAGGAAAUAGAAGCGACGAGGAUGGGAAAUGAUACGUACAAAAUCCUUAUUCAUGGACUACUAAGUAACCGAACAAGAACAUUUCCUUCCCUAAGAGAGGAGGAAGGUGCGGGAUGUGCGCUGUGCAGACUGUCAGAAACUCACAUAUUGGAAUCUAUCAUGGAUAUAGAUGCGGCCGUAGAGAGUCACUUACAGAAGAAGCAUUAUUACGGAGACGACAUAACAGGGUCACACCUUGAAUCCGCGAGGGAUGGAGAACCGCCGGAGGAGGAGGUGGACAAUCUAGUGGCCUGGACUAAUACCCUCCGCACUGAACUACUGGAAGAUUAACCCAAGAGAGAGUCCAUCCUUAAAGGGGUACUCCGGUGAAAAACGUUUUUGUUUUAAAUCAACUGGUGCCAGAAAGUUAAACAGAUUUGUAAAUUAUUUCUAUUAAAAAAAUCUUAAUCCAUCCAGU